CCGAGCAUUUAAACAGCUAUGUCACUCUGAAGCUUCAAAAUGUCAAGUCGACGACUGUAUGCGUCAAGGGCACCCAACCACGAUGGGAGCAGGACUUCCUCUUCGAAACCAACCGGCUGGACACGGGCCUGUUGGCGGAGGUGUGGGACAAGGGUGUUAUAUGGGACAAGGCCUUGGGAUACCUGUGGCUGCCCCUCACCAACAUCCAGUACUCCAACGAGGAGGGAGAAGGCCGCUGGUAUGAUCUGGACGCCGAGAGAUUGAUGGAGAAUGGAGAGGUCAAAGGUACUGCUAAUCCAACUGGUGAUUCCGUACUGCUGGACUGCCGCUUCGAGUUACCGUGGGGCAAAAAGGCCAAAGAAAGGGCAAGGAAGAAAGCUAUGGACCCAGUGCUUCCCACCGGCCCGUGUGGCAAAGGGGAGACUGGUCAAGCUUCAGCCUCCACUAUUGGGGCUGGAGGCUUGGAUGCUGCCCCUUCCUCCUCCCUCUCUCAACCUUCCUCCUUCACGGGCACCAUGUCGGCCGCCCGCCCAAGUCUCUCCACUGUUAAGCUCCUCAAUACUGUCACGUUUGAGACUAUCGAAUCUGGCACUGACAAAGAUGAUGAUGAUGAUGAUGAUGAGUGUCUGGACUCGUCGAUGCCAACUUUCAGAUCCAACCUUCUUACCGCCACUGCCUCAGAGACUGUAGACUCCGGCAUUGGCAAUGAUGAAUUAGGUGCUGAAAAUAGCAUUUCUAGAUUUCUUAGUAGAAGUGAUGAUUCUAGAAUUGAGUCAAGUGACACUCUGAGCGAAACAGAUGUGGACAGAUCGUCGUUUAGAUUUAGUUUUCGAACGCCAUUGUCACAAAAACCUACUGAACUCACAUCCCCAGCUAGUGAUGUGAAGGCCUUUACGUGGAACUCUGAACACUGUGUCUCAACCUAUGCAACAACCCAAUCUAGCCCCACAGUUACCCUUGUUACUACAAAAUUUGCUUCAUUAUCAGUGUCGUCCCCAGAUAAGGAACUCCCUUGUAAAUCUUUCCCUGAAACCUCCAGUCCAAGUGCCACGCCCUCCUCAGGGAUAUUCAACAUCAAACUCCUCAAAGAAAACCUUUUGAGAGAAAGUGAAGGACUAGACCCCCUGCAGCCAUCACCUAACUUGGAGGAUUCAUCUUCUACCUGUAGUUACCUAACGCUCUCUGGCUCUAGUGGCUUCUUCUCCAAGUCCAAUGCUACCGACGAGGUACCGUCCCCUAAGACCUCGCCGACAGCUGAGACAGAAUACCCCACUGAAGUCAAUGGUGAUGUGCCCUCCAGCACGUUCAGCUUCCUGAGGUCUCCUGCACGGUCUGAGCCUACGGUCCAUGACACUCCCUCACUGCAGGAAGCCACCACUGACGUCACAGACCAACCUUCAAGUACAGAAUCAUUUGGACGUACAAGGUUUUCUUUUCUCACCAAAGCUUACCUUCCACCUAUGGACAGUGCAAGUGAGGAGAACGGGACUACAACGGAGCUCAGGUGGUCACCCUCCUCAGAGAAACCCAUCUCGUCGCCUACAUCAGGAUUCACCUUCUCGUUCUCAAGGACCAGUGAAGCCUCCGCCACCACGCUCACCAGUGCCACCGUCACCCCCGUCGUCACCUCGUCUACAGCUUCCCCGCCUCCAGAUAAAUCCAGAUUUUUCUCCUUCCUAAACCUAAGACAUUCCCCAGAGUCAGUAUCACCUCCCUCGCCAUCUCGUAGUACUGGCGAGAAAGUGUCACCCCCUGGAAGUAGUCACAAGCUCAAACCGGAAGGAAAAGACAAAGUAUGUGAUGCUCAAGAAGUUAAAGAUGAAAAAUCUGACAAACUUCUUUCAGAAAAGAUACGCAAAAGGGACACAGAGACCAAUCAAUCAGGAGAACAAAAGAAAGACCUCGAGGAAACGGAAGCCCAAGAGUUGCAGAGGAAACUGGAAAUACUAAACCACAUCAUGGACCAGGAGACACUCGGGGCACCAGGGGCAACCAGAAACCCUCAGCUCAACCUCAUGUGUGAGUCCGGGAUGUCAGAAGACAGCGACUACAAGAGUGACGUCAACUACCCCGUGGGCCAGCACCCCAACUCCUCCGCCUCGCAGUUCCUCGCCGUCGCCAACCAGAUGUCCACGCCACAGAGAUCCUUAGAAACUAGUAGAGAAAAUUCAUACGAGAUGGACGAUGGUGGUGGCGGGGAGCAGAGUCUACAGGAAGGCUACAGUGAAGGAUAUGACACCAUGGUGGGAGACAAGAGCAGCACCGGCUAUUACGACAGUUACACCAUAGAACACAACAGGAAGAACGAAGGUCACGCGAGUUCGGGCGGUGCCGAAGAAGAUCUGUUCUACAAUAGCCGACCAAACAACAGGAAAGAUUAUAGGUAUCGCCCGGAUCCGUGGGAUGACAAUAUCAGCCCGGUGAGCAGCUACUAUGGUACUUAUGACUAUGCCUCCACUGGUCAGGGCGCCACUCAGGAUGACACUGCUCCCGCCAGAACCUCCUCCAACAACGGCAGAGGGAAGCUCGCCAGAGGGACCACGCGUCGGCCAAGCCUUGAGAGACAAACAACUCUGUACGAUGAUCAGGGAGGAGGCACGAGAGGGGACGGGACCAGUCGAGAAAACAGGUACUCUAACUACCAUAGCUACUAUCACCAAUACUCCUCCAGCCAGGAAGAAACCAGCGCACCAACGGCCGAGGGUGAAUACGGGUAUGAGGAAAAGACGCCCAAGGACGAACAGGCGGACCUCGGGUACCAGAACGAUCAGGAAGCGACGUGGUAUGACAAAGACAGGACAGAAGGUUACUAUGGUGAAUAUGGGAAAGAGUGUAGCAAAGAUGAGGGUUACCAGAAUGACAAGAAUGAUGAUGGUUAUGCCGGGGAGCAGUAUGAUACGUAUGGCUAUGAUCAGUAUGGGCAAUAUGAACAAUAUGACCAGUAUUACGGGUAUGGUAAGUCGGGAGAAAUUUACGAUUAUAGCCAGUACGGUUACUAUGGGGAAGAUGGAGGGACCUACUAUCAGAAUUAUGAUGGGUACUAUGGGUAUUAUGAUGAGGCUGGUGUCUUUCACAAUUAUAAUGAAAAUUACAAUUAUGCCUACCGGAGCAAUGAGCAUUUGGACUCCUCGGCGGAAGUGCAGGGUGACGGUAGUAAAGUGACAGAUGCUUCCAAGAUGAUCACUGCUCCCUCCAGCCUCGCCUCAGCAUACACCACCACCACCUCAGCCAUCACCACUACCAAAGCCCUCAGUUCGGUGCUCACCACAACCACAUCCUCCUCCACCACCACAAAGCCUUUGGGUAACCACGUAGCGCCCACACAAACCACGCAGCAUAAGUCUGACGGCGGCCUGUUUAACAAGUUACUUCCUCAACUUCCUAUCUCCCUUCCAUCCACCCUGACCACCACCACCAUUGCUGCCACCAUCACUGCCACCACCACCACCGUCACCACCACACAGUCCAGCCGCCCGUUCAUGCAGUCAACCGUUCCACUCUCAGCACAACAAACAGCUCAGCAGCGGGCAGCUCAGCAGCGGGCAGCUCAGCAAAAAAAACAACAACAAUCUAAGCCUGCCAGUGGUGGGUUUGGACUUUUCAGUAUGAAUAAGAAAGGUGGCCUUUUUAAUGCCAUGUCUGGCAUAACGUCCAAGGUGAGUGAUACUCUCAACACGGCUGUUAAAGAAGUCUCUGCAACAGCUGCUGCAGCUGCCCAACAAGCUAAUGUUGCAGCUCAUCAGACAACUAAAGCAGCUACAGCUAAAGCAACUGCAGCAGCAAAGAGUGCAGGUGUUGUGGGACCCCAUCCAGCAGCUGCAGCAGCCCAGAAAGCUGCCACACCUCAGACUGUGAAGCCCCCAAUAUCAGGAUCAAGGGUGACCUUAACCAAACAGGAGAGCGUCAGAAGUGAUAAGAUGCCCGGAGACGAGGCAGAGAGACGCUCUCUAGCCACACUACCUGAAACCUCUGAUCUUACCUACCAAACAGAUUCUCUUGAACAGACUUCCCCAUGGCAGCAAGAGACCUAUGAGACGGCACACACAGAUAAGACACAACACCGCCAAGACAGCUUUGAAACAGCACCUGAAGGGUCCAUUUAUGAUGAGGAGGAGCAGGGUCAAGACGACUACUACGAUGACUAUUACGACGAACAAAGGCCCAGAAGACAUUACGACUCCCACGACCCAUACUACGAAGAAGAUUACUACGACGAUGACCGCCGUUCUCGAUGCUAUGAGUACGAUGACUACUACCGAGACUCCUUCGAGAAUGACGAGGUCUCUAGCAUUGUGGAUACUGAGAGAGGCCUCCCUCGUUACCCGUCACAGGGUUCCGAAGAGAUCUUCCCGGAGGGCGACGGCCAAUAUUCUACUGAGUACGAGAGUGGAACAGAGUCCAGGGAAAAUGUCAAUGCUAGGAUAGAACCUUACCCAGGAGACCUCAGCAAGGCAAAAGAGGAGAAGCCAAAGGAAUCUAAGAUCAUUGAUUUCGACAUGAAGACUCGGACGGAGCUCGCGAAGGCUGAGAGUGAUACCACUAAGAGUGGUCCCUCGACGGCCACCUUGAACCGACCGGCUGAACAGGUAAAUAGGCAGAGAUCCUUCGAGGAAAAAAUGCGACAGAUGAAAGGAAUUCUAAAACUACCGGCACUACCCACCUCCCUACCUACCUCCUUGCCCAUCAAGAUACCUGAUUUAACGCGGGCCUCAGUGCCUAAACCUCAAGACAAGCUUAGAGUCCUGUCCAGCCAGCCUGCCCGUGAGGAACAGGUCAAAGAGACCGAACAGCUGCCUGUUAAGAAGGUCACCCAGCAAACCCAGCCCAGACCAGAGCCUGCAGUGGACCAAGCCAAGAAGGCCUCUUUUGAAGAAAAGAUGAAAAUGUUGCAGAAGCCCAGCUCAGAGCCUACCGUUGGAAUCCAACCCCCAGAAACGGUGCCAAGGCCCACCGAGGCUAGUCAAGAGGGUCAGGGGGAGAUCCCUCUACCACCUACUGAGGAAAAGCCGGCAGUGGUAGAUCAACAGGUGCUGAGCGACCCCAGCAGAACUGGCUCAACGCUCCCUGAACAGACACCAGCCCAAAAGCAGCCAGCCUCGGAGGACGCCCUACAACCAGAUCAACAGAUCACCGGUCCGGGCCCCGCUAGUGCUGACGCUGGUGAGGCUGAGGGCCCGAGCGACGCCAAGCUGACACCGUUGACGUCCUCCGAAGAGCGCCACGUCAGCUUCGAGGAGGAUGGCGGCGUACCGGGUGAAGAAGGGCCGCCGAAGAAGAAAAUGAACGCGAGGGAAAGAUGGUACUGGGCGUUCAACAAGAUCGUCGGCGAGCUAAACUUCACUUCGCUAAACAUAGAAAAUACAGAGACAACUUGA